CACUUUCCCUUUCCUCCUCUGCAGCGUGCCUUGUAUGCACCGUGCAUAACUUCAACACUCCGACACACACUUUCACAGUGCGAUCUGGACUCUACAUUGAACAGAUUAUCGGACCGGUAUCGUUAAUCAUGGAUGUUAAAUACUUGGCGGUUAUGGCUAUGCUCGCUGUGGCGACAUACGCUCCUUUCUCACAAGCUAAACCCAUCAGUCUGGUGGAGAGGUGUUGGUGUCGUUCUACAGUCAACACCGUCCCCCAGCGCAACAUCCGAGAACUGAAGUUCCUACACACACCCAACUGCCCCUUCCAAGUGAUUGCCAAGCUGAAGAACCACAAGGAGGUUUGUAUCAACCCUGAGACCAAGUGGCUGCAGCAGUACCUGAAUAACGCCCUCAACAAGAUGAAGAAAUCCAAGCAGACCAACUAGAGCGCCUGCAGGAAGACCAACAGAUAUGUAACAUGAGACGUGUAGCUUGUAAUAUGUAACAUGUACUCUCCCGUCACGCACGCUGAACAGCACUUAUCCUGUCCAUCGCGGAACCAUCCAACCCACGGCUUUCCAAAACCACCACCCCUGUUACCAUCACCACCUGCACCCCUUAUAGACUCCACCCCUGCUAGUGCCAAGUGCAAUUAUAUCUGUGUGAGUGUAUGUUUUUAUAAAUUAUGUAUAUACCAUUUUUUCUUAUACUAUUUCAUCAGUAAAGAGCAAUUUUUUGUUGCUGUUUUGGCCACCGGCUUCUCUGUCAUUCAGGAGUUAGGACUGGGCUUAAAGUAGGCAUUGAUGGGGCUGAGAUGGUGAGAGAGGAAGGAUUCAUGACAGGAUUCAAGCCUCAAUCCAACUUUAUCAGCUUGUCCUGGGGAGUGUACAAGGUUCAACAGUACAUUCUGGGAAAGAUCCAAGGGGCAUGGAGGUGUUCACACAUGCAUGGCAGAGCCACUAGAACAUACUACCCUUAGCCCUCCCCCUCAUUUUCGAGUGUCCCUUGGUGGGGGAGUGGCACUCAAAUGGAGCAACCAGUGGUAGGGAGAGCUAUAAUAACACUUGGGAAUGGGACAUCGCUACAUCACUUGCGCACAUCAGAAACGGCCACGGACACCACGUAAUUCAUUGAUGAUGAACCUUGUGUUUUUCAGAAUGCCUAUACUGGCUGCAGUAAUAACUUUCCUUAUAUUUCUCAUGCAACAAAUAUGUACUUACCAUAUGAGUAACAAAUGAGAACAGCAGUAGUACAGAAGCAGGACUUUUAUUCCAUAGCAGUUUAACAGUCACAUUUCCUUCACAGUCAUUACCAGUGAAGGCACUUUAGCUAGAACAAUUAAAACAACUGUUCUCAACUAAUAUUUAUACCAAACAUUUUCAGGGUCCAUACACAGAUCGGCUGCAUAGCUACACAUCCAUAGCAUACAGGUAUUUUUAUCCUCCACUGCACACAAUAAGGAAGAAAAAGUUAGCUACUGCUACGCAGGGAUUGUAACCAAAAUUAUUUUCCAAUCUCUUCAUUCUGAACCACCAUUUUUUUGUUUCGUUCCACUGUUCCGAUUGGAAAAAUACAGUUCUGAACCGGUUUGAACCAAAAGAAAGGACUGAUUUUAUAUCGUUCCUUUCUAUUCGUUUUUAACCUGUGAAAUCAACAUUUAAAAUCAAUUAAAUCAAUCAGCAAAUGUCAAAGUGCUUAUACAGAAACCCAGCCUAAGACCCCAAACAGCAAGCAAUCCAGAUGUUGAAGCACGGUGGCUAGGAAAAACUCUCUAGAAAGGCAGGAACCUAGGAAGAAACCUAGAGAGGAACCAGGCUCUGAAGGGUGGCCAGUCCUCUUCUGGCUGUGCUGGGUGGAGAUUAUACGAGUACAUGGUCAUUAAGCCAGAUGGUUCUUCAAGAUGUUCAAAUGUUCAUAGAUGACCAGUAGGGUCAAAUAAUCACCAAUCAGUGCGGAUAGAGCAGGUAGGCUAGUUGUUGACAUGCAUGAUGGACAGACAAGUGUAGCCUAAGGCGCAAAAUGCGACUGAAAUUUUGCAGGUGGGGAGAGAGGGUUGAGGAGGAGGCUUGGAGCGCUGGGAAUCUUGUCAUGACAUGCAUUAUCUCCACAGAAUUAUGUCUAGGAGGAGCGACUUCUAAAGACAAACUUUGAAUGUCCUUUGAGCUAGCUAGCUAACAAGCUUGUGUGUGCAGUGGCAUCAGAAUUAAAAACACGUCUUACCUUUUGUAGUUAAUAAAACAUGAUAACUAGGCAUAUAGUUUCCUUAACUAGCAUUGAAAAAGUUUACCAAUUCUCUAGCUAAUUAAUCUCUCUCCCUAUCUUCUGAAUCAAGCUUGUAAUGGCAGUGCAGUAGCCUAUGCUUCGGUGGGGUGAGUGGCAGGUAGCCCAAGCACACACAAUCAAAUAGUUUUGGCUUGCAGGCAGACACUGAAAUAAGUGAAAGAGAGAGGGCUUUGCAUAGGCACUUUGUUGUGGGACUAGAAAAAAACUGCUUGGAAUGUAAAUAACGUUAUUAACCAAUGCUUUUAAAAUAAUGUUUCUGUUUCGGAACAGUAUGGAUCACUUUCGUUCCAGGUUUCAUUUAUGCUUCUUGAUUUUUUUUUUUUUUUUCACUUUUCAGUUCUGUUCCCUGAACUGGUUCCAAGCUCUGCUGCUACGUUACCUGCAUUGGCAAAUAUCUUCAAUCUCUAACGUUAAUGUUACAUUACUACAAUAAAGAGACUGACUUUGAAAUGUUUUUUAAUCAAGGCAAAAUUACAAACAUUCUACAUUCAAUUUGCAGUAAAGUUAGCCAGGUAUUUAGCUAGCUAGAUUCUUUACAUCAGCUGGAUUUCACAAGAUGACAGGCUGGAUUGUUCAGGAUUCCCUAAAACAUUAAACAACACAAAUUACAAUUCAUACAAAUGUCAAACGCCCAUAUAGCAAGCUAAAUGUAUAGCUAGUUGACUAAUGUUAGCGAGUCAGCUAGAUAGCUUGUUAAUAAGUAGAUUUUCGUGAAUUAACUUUGACUUAAAAUAUGCAGAAUCACGUGUCUCUAGAUUAACUAACAUAUUUCUCUGAACUGUAAAUGUUUUGCACGAUUCAUUAUGAAGUAAUCAUGCAUCUCAAUUUCCUUCGUUUGGAGGGCCAACUAAAUCUUUUUCUAUUUAACUAGGCAAGUCAGUUAAGAACACAUUCGUAUUUACAAUGACAGCUUACCAGGGAACAGUGGGUUAACUGUCUUGUUCAGGGGCAAAAUGACAGAUUUCUAUCUUGUCAGCUCAGGGAUUUGAUCCAGCAACCUUUCGGUUAUUGGCCCUAGCAACCUUUCGGUUAUUGGCCCACCACUCUUACCACUAGGCUACCUGCCACCCCUAACUAGAGAGCUGAAAAGGCACUACCCCUCAAAGUUGAAUUGGAACAGCACUACGACUCUGAGGAUUGAGGGAUUGCACAAAAUGGAGGGGGAGGGCUAUAGGGGGGUAUUGGGAUUGAGCCUAUGUCUGCCUAUGUCUACACACAGGAGUGAUUGGACAUCCAGGUCUAGUACCCAAUCAACCAAUACUUUUUGUUUGGUAUCCAGCCAUGCUGCAUGUUGAAGUAUUUUAUAUAAACAGUCUUAAUGUGAAAAGAGUCUAGAUGUUAUUCUCCGAGCAGCUUCAGAAGAGACACAGAUAUACUGUUUGCCAAAAUUCAUUGGAGAUUUAGAAUUUCAGUCAGCGACACAUUGGCACUAAAAGUUCCAAGAUAAUGACUCUAGUUAGAAUUAUAAUUACAAUGUUGUUGUCAUGUUUGGUGCCAACAGUUGGUUGAUAACUGUGGCUCUGGUAGUGAGACCAUGUAUGACCCGGUCACUGCACGUGUGUGUUUGUUUGUGUGUGGGUUUAUGUAUGUGAACGUGUGGGCUGUUUUAGCUGUUAGGGGAACACGGUCAAUGAGAGAUAAUGUGGAAUGAUAUGCUGCUGUUGCAUUUCCGGUCUCUCUGAAAAUUCUAGAACAUCUGGAGUCAGAACUCUGCUAAUUGAGCGACCAAUGAGAGGGUAGCGGUCCGCAGCUCCGUCACAGUUCUGGAAACAUUAAAGGAGCAGUAUGUCCAGAUUUUAUUAAAGGAACAGUUAACCCAGAUUGUUAAAAUAACAGUACGUCCAUAUUACAUUAAAGGGAUAGCUCACCCAGGUUACUUAAAAGGGAUAGUUCACUCAGAUGACUAAUAACUUUGUAGUUCAGGUUUCCCUUUAAUUCUGACAUUGAGAUUUUCAUACAGUAAUGUACUCUGGUCAAACACAUGCAGUGGGUUAACCAAAUCAUGUUUGUUGUCAGCCAGACUACCAUGUAAAUGUGUCAUGCAACAUUAUGGAAUUUAUGAAGUAUCGUAUUUAGCAAACCACACACUAUGAAAAUCAAUGUUAUAGGAGGUAAUAUAGAACACGUCAUAACCUCAUCAGCGGUUGUAGUGUGAUAGUAUUAGUAGCAGUGUAAGUAGUGCAGGGACCAAUAAUUGAAUUACAUUUUUUAAUUGGGGGGGACUCAGUUGGGGUCUCAACUCACUGUUGAGAGUUAGAAUAAUAGCAUACACAAGGUGCAAUUUUUAAAUUUUUGCAUUAGCAUUCACUCAGUUAGCUCAUGUCAGCGAUUUUUUUUCCAAAUGUAUUUAUUAUUGCUAAAUUAGUCUGGCAGCCAGCUAUCUAAACUUGUAGUAAGCAUGGUCGUAUUACAGACCGGGGUGUGGCCCAUUGAUCAUCAGUUGUCAUACUAAAAACUGCAAACCCUAUUGCUGUAAAUUAGCUGUAAAUCUGUUAAUUCCUCUCCGCCCCACUGUGAAAUAAGUAGAGGGCAUGAAUUGAGGGCAUGCAGACCCACGAGCCACUAUGUCCCCUCAUGAUGAAUUUAAAAAAAAUGUGGCCCCCACCCCCAUCAAAGUUGCCCAUCCCUGAUCUAGUGGAAUAGAGUGGCUUGGUUACCUAUUAAAUGUCAAAUACUGUAUGUUAUUUUGGAUACCGAUGCACUUUAUGUCCAACAUAUUCAUUAAUUUUCAUUUACAUUUUAGUCAUUUAGCAGACACUUAUCCAGAAUCUUAAAAGGUCUACUUUGGGCAAAAUAAAAUAAAAAACGUCUUUAAACAAUUCAUUGAUCAAUGCACCAUCAUACCAGGUCAUUUAAUGCUUGAAAAAACUUGAUGAAUAAGAUAUUUGACUACAGAAGUGCUAUUUCUUACCGAUCUCUACAGCUUCCAUCCAAAAACAAAUCCUGUGAAAUUACGUCAACACAUACUGGAGAAGUUACUGGCUAGCUACAGAGGCUAGCUUAGCUAACAAACUAGCUAUGUUGGUCGUCGCGCAUGACCAGAAUGACCCACCAAAGGCACACCCCAUUUCUGUUUUAAAAUGGAGAAUGGGGUGGAGUUGGAUGGCUUUUUUGUGCUCAAAGUUGACCUUUAAGAUAGCUGGGUGACACAACCACAUAUCACAGUCAUAGCAACAACAACAAAAAUCCCUCAAUAAAGUAGUUAGCAACAAUACAUAACUUUAGAAUGUGAUAAUGAGAACAAGAAUAGGAUCCACAUUAGUCAACUGUUGUUUUUGUACUUUUUUACUUUACAUUUUUUUGUACUUUUAAUGUACUUUUUCAUAUAUAUAAUCUUAAGUAUGAGACAUCACAUUUUCAUUUUGAACCUUUAUCUUUCCAUAGGUUAAAGAUGUACUCUUUUAUACGUCAAACACACAACGUUCUUAUGAAGGAGCUAGAUGUAACAUUUUAAUGUUAAACUGUAUAUUGUUGAGUUAAACGUAGUCUUUUAACCAUGAAUAAAAAGUAUUAAUUUCUA